GAGCCUCUGCUUUACUUCCUGCUUCUUUAGCAUGUUGUUAGCAGAGCUGCUAGCUGUGUGGGCCUGACCUUACUGGGGAAGAGGACUCAGAAGAUAUGGCGGGUUUCGCUUAGAUCGUAUGCAGAGCUGGUUGAGUAAAAUAUGAUAAAGGUGUUGGCAUUUCAAACGCUUCGUGUCGUUUCCAGGGAAAUCCUGGGUUCGUCAUGUAACCUGGUGGAAAACAAUGUUUACUCCAUAAGAAGUCUGCAAAGACGAAUCUUAAGACCGCUCAGCUCUCACCAACAUAACCCAAAGGUCCCAAAAGUGCCAACAUGGGAGCCUGUACCAGAAGAGGAACUUCCUCAGCCCACCAAGAUCCCUGCUGACCUGGUGGACAAGCUGGAGCGGCUGGCGCUGGUGGAUUUCCGGACCCAGCAGGGGAUGGAGUGCUUGGAGAAAGCCAUUCGUUUUGCUGAUCAGCUUCACGUCGUUGACACGUCUGGGGUCGAGCCGAUGGAUUCGGUUCUGGAGGACAGGGCUUUACAUCUGAGGGAUGACACAGUGACAGAGGGCCACUGUGCAGAGGAGCUGCUCAAGCUGGCAAAAAACACAGUGGAAGAAUAUUUUGUUGCACCGCCAGGGAAUAUUCCUCUGCCUAAAAGGGAAGAGAGGGCUGCCAUCCUCAGACACUCGGAAUUCUGAAGACUUGAUUGUGAAUAAUUUAUUGCUUUUUUUUUUUUAAUGGAAAAUUGUACGUGUCUGCCUUACACUCCUCAGUCACUUGUCUUGGUUGAAACCACAUAGCAGACGUUCAUAAUUGUCUUUACUGCAGUUUAUCUGCAACCAUAAACACUGGGAGAAACUGGGAGAUGUGCAGCUGGUUUUAUUGGCUCACCUUCUGCUCAAAUUCAAAUAUUCCUGGUGUUGACAAACAUGUUCAGGUUUCAGUAUCAUUUCACAUAAAGUUGACGUCACACAUCGACUACAGCUGUGAGGAUGACAAAGUAAUGACAAAGCAGAAAUGCUCAGUGAAAUACAUGGUAUGUUUUCUUAUGUUGGUUGUCAUAUUUUACAUAACAUUCUCACUGAAAUCUUCAAAUGUCUUAAGCUCUUAUAAAUAUGACUGUAAAUAUUGACUGAAAUAAAAAUGUUAAAUCUG